CGAGCAUUAUUAGCGAUUGUUUGACGUCAAACGGAGCGCAUCCCCAAAGACACAGUCAGUCACCACCGCAUCCCACCAUCGGAUCCGCUGAAUGGCUGCCAACCAUACGCUGAUCACUACCACCGCUGUACUCAACUGCGACCAGAAGGUGGCCACCGAUGAGACGAUGAGCUCGUCGUCGCCGUCGCCGCAGAUCUCGUCGUCGCACUCCUCGUCACGACUCGUACCUCAGAGGCGAUCCAAUCAGUGGAUCAAAUUGAAUGUCGGCGGCACUCACUUCAUGACCACCAGAAUCACGUUAUGCAGGGAUCAGCACUCGUUUCUCUACCGACUCUGUCAGGAGGACCACGACCUCAACAGCGAUAAGGACGAUGCGGGAGCUUAUCUUAUAGAUAGGGAUCCGUCUUAUUUCGGACCAAUUCUUAAUUAUUUAAGACACGGAAAGCUCAUCAUUGAUAAGGAUUUAGCCGAAGAAGGCGUGUUAGAAGAGGCGGAGUUCUACAACAUAACGGAAUUAAUUAAGUUAUUAAAGCAAAGAAUCGCCGACAAAAACAACAACAAGAAAGUGGAUAAUAGUCGCAAACAUGUGUAUCGAGUGCUGCAGUGCCACGAGGACGAGGUGACACACGUGGUGUCCACCCUAUCGGACGGCUGGAAGUUCGAGCAAUUGAUUAACAUUGGCUCCAAUUAUAACUACGAGGAACAGGCGGAGUUCCUGUGCGUCGUGUCGCGCGAUUAUCCCAACUCUUUGUCCAAUUCGAGACUCGACUCCACCGACAGAGCAAAGCUCAUUCAACAGAAAGCGGCGAAUAUGUGAAUUGCGGUUAAGAUAUUCCAUCCAUUGGUUUGAAAGGGUCGUCCCAUUUGACUGAAUGAAUACUAUUGGUGGUGUCAGUCGUGUCAUAAACGCUUUGAAUGGUUUUAUUGAUAUUUAAUACACACCUUCACGUGAAUUCAGAAAUUUUAAAUCAAUUGUAAAGCAAUUUGUUUGUUUUUUUUCAAUACCAAUUGUAU